UCUGUUUUAUAUUCAAACAAAAAAUAAAUAAAACAUAAACAAAAAGAUCAAAGAUAGAGAGAGCAAAAUUCGAUUGCAACUUACAACUAAAGGCUGUGGAUCUGAAAAAAUUAAAGGAAUUUCUUGACGAAACGACAUGUCGUGCUCCGUCGCGGUUUCGAAUUCGCCGGUCUUUUCACCAUCGUCGUCUCUGUUUUGCAAUAAAACCUCUAUGUUAUCUUCUCCCGAAACCCUAACCCUUACAUUGUCUCACUUGAAGCCCUCGCAAGGUUCGUCGUCGUCGUCGUGUUCUGCUUCUUCCCCAACUCCUUCCUCGCCUUCUUCCCCAUUUAGGCUUCGGAUUCCCAAGCAUCCCACUGGGCUCUCCGGUCCUGGUUCAUCGUCCCCGAGUACUGUAUUCAAGAGAAAGAGACCCACGAGGCUGGAUAUUCCGGUUGCCUCGUUUUGCUCCGCGGCUCCGCCAGCGACGCCUUCACCGGCAACGUGGAGAGAGCUUGUUGAGAUCGAGAAUGAUGGAUAUUCUGUGUAUUGCAAGAGAGGGAGGAGAGAGGCUAUGGAGGAUCGGUACUCGGUUGGUCUCAAUCUUCAAGGUGAUUCCAAACAGGCUUUCUUUGGUGUAUUUGAUGGACAUGGAGGCUCAAAAGCUGCAGAGUUUGCAGCAGAUAACUUAGAAAAGAACGUAUUGGCUGAAUUGAUGAGCAGAGAUGGUGAUGACAUUGAGGAGGCAGUUAAGCAUGGUUACCUGAACACAGAUUCCGACUUUCUGAAAGAGGAUUUACGCGGCGGUUCGUGCUGUGUGACUGCUUUAAUCAGGGAAGGUAACCUUGUUGUGUCCAAUGCCGGAGAUUGCCGUGCUGUGAUGAGCAGAGGUGGUGCUGCUGAGGCCCUAACAUCUGAUCACCGGCCCUCGAGGGAAGACGAGAAAGUGAGAAUCGAGAACAUGGGUGGCUAUGUUGAUCUUUGCCGUGGUGUGUGGAGAAUCCAGGGGUCUCUGGCUGUCUCUAGAGGGUUUGGAGAUCGUCACCUUAAGCAAUGGGUGAUUGCAGAACCAGAGACAAGAGUACUUCAAAUCCAACCCGAACACGAGUUCUUGAUUUUGGCUUCAGAUGGAUUGUGGGAUAAGGUUAGUAACCAAGAAGCAGUAGACACUGUUCGCAGUUUAUGUGUAGGAGUUGACAAGCCAGAGCCAUUGUUUGCCUGUAAAAAGCUUGUGGAGGUAGCUACAUCGCGAGGCUCUUUCGAUGACAUUAGUGUAAUGCUAAUCCAAUUAGGGGGUUACAUAUGAUUCCUUAAUUCAUAGGAGAUAACAGGAUUUGAGGGUGGAAGUAUUUGUAUUUCAUGUGGAUGUUCUUCUGUUUUUACUGUUAAGCUGAUGUUGGUAAUAAACUGCAGGCUUACGAUAGGGAUGAUGUUGGUGGUAAUAAUAUAGUAGUAGUGAUUUAUUUGUAAAUGGUUUUAACUUAGUUUUAGGCUUUUUUUAGCAUCCACUAAUUAGCCAAGGGACAAGAGACUGAGAAGCAGUCAAAUAACUUAUUGUAUUUUUUAUUCUUUGAUUAAUUCAUUCUUUAUCAUUCUUUCCUGUA